CUGAUCUACGCUGCUGCAGAUCACCCGAUCGCCGCUCAACGUCCGCCACUUGGACCUUGAGUCUUCGAGGAGCCCCCAUUUUGGGAAAUUACAGCAUUCAUCUUGUCAAAUGGCAAUCGAUAGAUAGACUAGGGCGAGAGGAAUAAGCUUUUCCUAGAAGUUCGGUCGAGAAGACCAGAUAAUCUCCAGCCUAAAUAAAGAUAUGAGAUCUUAACUCGUUGAACCGUGAAGAAGUAGCGAGUGAAACCAGAAGCUAAUGCAUCGCUGGCGGCUAACUAGUGUAUCCCUCACGCCUUGGCUCCCGCCGAAAGAUAUCCAUUCUCAAAAUGUGAUCGUAGGAUUCAGGCAUCCGACGCUAUACUUCCCCUUCUUUGCACUUCCGCGAUGACAACCAUCUGCCCGAUACCCUGCAAUUGCUGUUGAUCCCUCUUGGCUCAAUAAAAAAAAACAUCUCACUACGCAUUAUUUUGCAGUCCUAUCACCCUCACCAGCUUGGUACUCUCCCGCUCUCCCCUCUCCCACACGCCCAGCACACCUUUGCUCUCAUAUCCACCAUGGCUAUGCAUGAGGACCCUGUAGCCAGCUCAACCGGAAUCAAGGUCAUCAUCGUUGGAUUCGGUAUAGCUGGCGCUAGUGCUGCAAUUGAAUGUCAUAGAAAAGGGCAUAAUGUGGUUGUCUAUGAAAGACUGCCGGAGCUCACUAAAGUUGGUAAGGCCCCCAAUGAUUUCUUGACUCAAUUACGAGCUACGCAGCCGCUCUGACUGCAGCUUAACUCCGUUAGGAGGGGAUGGCAUCAGUCUUGGCUCGAACGGGUGUUCUGUCCUAUCUAAAUGGGAUAACGGUGAGUUCAAUGAAACGAUCAAGCCAUUAAAGUUCCGAACGGACAAUAUGAAUAUAUUUGAUUAUACCGGGUUUGAUCUCGGGAAACAUAAAUUCCACGGGUACAAUGCUGGGAGAGGAUACACGCUUAACCGUGGCUCGCUCGUAUUCUCCAUGUACGACUACGCUCAGAAACUCGGAAUCAAAGUGUUCAUGGGCUCCACGGUCACAGAGUAUUGGGAAACUGAAGACGAAGCGGGCAUUGUCGUCAAAGGGGAAAAGGUAGCAGCAGAUUGUGUCAUUUGCGCUGAGGGAAUUCACAGCAAAGGCAGAGCCGCAAUUACCGGCCAGGAGAUGCAAUGCAAGGAGACAGGUUUUGUGUCCACUCGAGGAUAUUUGGAGGGCAAAGCGGCUAUCCAGGGUCCCUCACUGACUCGAAUUGUCAGUGGCAUGGAAGACGGCAAUUGCAUGUACGGAUGGAUGGGGCCUCGCAUGCACAUCAGCAUGGGUAUUAAGAUCGACGGCGGCGAGCUCUUUUGGUACGCCUGCCACGAGGCUGCGAUUGUCCCUCCUAAAAAUAACAGUGAGGCAAUAGAUCAUAUUCUCGAAUGCAUGAGUGAUUGGGCUAUGCGGGAUGAGCUCGAGUCAGUCGUCCGGAAUGUUUCGGAGGGGAGGUUCAUCUCUCAAAAACUCGUCGUGACAACAGCCCUGAAAUCUUGGCUCUCUCCUCGCCGAAGGAUGAUCGUUAUUGGUGAUGCAGCCCAUGCAGCUCUUCCGACCAGUGGCCAAGGAGGCACACAAGCCAUUGAAGAUGCGGCUGUACUUGCAAUUGCCCUAGAGUUAGCAGGGAAGCAAGACAUUCCCCUUGCGCUGUCCGUAACAGAAAAGAUCAGAUUCAAGCGCGCUCAACUGAUUCAACAGGGGGGGCUGGCAGUGCUGAAAUUUGGCAUGAAUCGAAGUGAUUUUGAAUUAUUCCGAAAAGAUCCAAAUCUGGCGAGGCCUCCGCACCCCGCUUGGAUCUUUGACCAUGACUGCCAAGAAUACACCUACAGGGAAUUCGCGGCAGCGGCUGAGGCAGUCAGAUCUGGGAAGGAUUAUGUUCCGACCAAUAUCCCUGCGGACGGGGAAUACCGGAUAGCAUAUGAUAGCAAGUAAAUCUGAUGGGACACUCUCCCGUGGCAGAUGGCUGCACGGGUCUUCGUGUUGUGGUUCAAAAAAAAUAGUUGUGUACGGAGUAGCUAGGUUCGUUUUCAGUAAAUGCAAGGAUCCGCAUCGACCAGGCGGCAGCAACAUUAGCGGCCAUUUAUCAAGAAAUUUGAAGGCCGAGCUGAGAAAUAUGUAAGCAUGGAUUUUGGUCUCUCAUGGAGAUGAAACGUGGGAUCUGGCA